AAGUCCGCCAGUUUUGAGAAGCCUCGCUGCGUCGUGAUGGUACAAAUCUUUUCUCUUUGAAGUCUACUGAACACUAUUGACGUUAUUUCAACGCACAUUCGACGCCGAAUGAUGGUUUUGUUAGCCCGUUAGCUUUAGCUGCCGCGGCUCUUUCACCAACGGCCCGUGACGUAAUAAAGGGGAAUAUAAGGAGGGGGGGGGGGGAUGCAAAAUGCCGCUCAUCCAGGUGAACAAGUUAAAUAAAAACUUCGCGACCCGAGAUGGCGGCAAACGUCGAGUGGGACCUGCUUUUAGAAGUCAUCAACGCGGACCUAAAUCAACAACAGGUCAAUGUUACAGCGGCGGAGGUGAACCAAAUGCCUGUUGAAGUUCUUGAUGCCCAGCUUUUUUACGAGUUGGCACAGGACUCCUUUUUUCUCCCUUCUCCUCCACCACCACCUCCUCCUCCUCCUCCAAAAGCCACGAACUUUGUUUUCCCCGACAAGAAAAAGAGGAAAACAGGAGCUCAGGAUUCCAGCAGGCCCUACAUAAAGAAGCCCCUCAAUGCCUUCAUGCUCUUCAUGAAGGAGCAGCGGCCCGUGGUCAAGGCCCAGUUCCUUCAUAAAGACAGCGCCACGGUCAACAAGAUCAUGGGGCAAAUGGUGAUUUUUUGUGUUUGCGCCACGUUAUCGUUUGACACAAAUGCGUGUGCUGACACAGUGAUCGCAUCCGCAGUGGAAGUCGCUGAGCCUGGAACAGCAGGAGAAAUACUACGAGGAAUCCGAGCGGCUCACCGUAAUCCACGCCAGCACAUACCCGGGCUGGUCCUGCAGAGACAAUUACGUGAGCCACCUCUUUUUUUUCCUCAUUUUCACAAAAGUCAACAAAUUUGUCCAGUGCAGUUUUUGUGCGUAAUGCACAGUGGUUUCUUCUGGUGCAGGGCAAAAAGAAAAAAAGAGUGUGGAGAAGCGCAGCCACCGGUUUCAACAAUCGGAGCAGUAAGUACGCCUUCUCCAAUAGUUUUCGUUCUACCCGCAUAGGUGCACCUCAAG